UUGAAUGAGUUACUAAACUCACACGUGGUGUAGAGAGCACUAAUAUAUAGGCUUUAAAUAUGAAAACCCAAGACAUUUCAAUAUAUAAUUGUACAAGUUGAUGAAGGCGAAUAUGGAUAUAACACGUGCAGAACUAUGUAUAGACAAUGAAUUUCAUAAUACAAACGAACUCUAAUUAUUUUAUGGGACAUGGUGUUUUUGUAGUCUGAUAACAGAAAAUAACCUUUCUUGCCUUCUGGAAAACUAGAAACUGUCUUCCUGUGCUUUUAUAUUUUCAAACACAAAUGAUAUAUUUUCUCAAGGUGUUGCCGGUGGAUUCCAUUUAGUAGGGUUUUGUGAUAUCGGUGAUUUAAAACACUCACAAUGGGAUAUUCGACUAGAAAGCUGCAAAGAGAUAUGCUCGUGAUAUUACUGGUGUGGAGUCAUAUUAGUUUUGUGUAUGGACUAGUGUUUAAUAGGAGGGCUGAGGCAUGUGAACCAAUACAGAUUCCCAUGUGUCAGGGAAUGCCGUACAAUAUGACCAGAAUGCCAAAUCUCCUUCAUCAUAGUACACAGGAAAAUGCAAAAUUAUCCAGUGAACAGUUUGAAAAAUUAAUAGAACAAAAUUGUAGUGACGUUCUCUUAUUUUUUCUGUGUGCCAUGUAUGCUCCUAUAUGUACUGUGAACUUCCAGCCUGAACCUAUUCCACCAUGUCGGAGUGUGUGUGAACGCGCUCGCAUGGGAUGUGAACGAAUAAUGAAUGAACAUAACGUUUCGUGGCCGGAGUAUCUUGACUGUUCCUCUCUCCCUCGAUAUGACAGAGGAGUUUGUGUAUCACCGGAAGCGAUCGUCUCAUCUCUACCUGACCGUGGACAGACAACCCCUGAGCCGAUUGCAGAAACCAAUGGCAACAACAAGUCUGAUAGAGAUACGACCAACAAGACACGCAAGAAAGGUGGUUGCCACUGUACAAAACGACCACGACUUAAGAAAAGACUGUAUAAAAGAGGAAAAUUCAAUUUCGCGAUACGAGCUCGAAUUCUUGGACACGACACUGCAAAUACAAUUAACACAGUGACUAGAGUGAGCGUCAUCAAAGUCCUCAAGAGCACACGUGUACAAAUUGUUGAAAACAAUGGCAUUGAACUAUGGACAAAUUCUACGUGUGUGUGUCCGAAGCUGCUCCGUCGGAGGGAAUACCUUAUUAUCGGAUACGACGAUCCCGCAACACAGCGUCUCCUCUUCUUCGACAAUUGCUUCGCUUCCAAGUGGCAAAAGAGAUGGGAAAAACGAAUAUCGAAAUGGAACAAAAAGAGAAGAACAUGUAGAAAGAAGAAACGCAAAAACUGUCGCGUGAACCGGAACAAAAACCGAGUAAAUAGCACAGGUAGCAACCAAAGUGUAAGAAAUCGAGGACGAGAGAACCGCCGGAACCGGAAAAAGAAUAGAAUAAAUUCCACGUCUACGUCAUAGAGCCAUUCGACCUACACGGAGAGGAUACAAUGUACGUGAGAAACUCGUAUGACGGACAACUGACCAUACAUGUUCACUGCUUCUCACUAAUAUCUGUGUUGUCUUGAAUCAACCAGCGCUGAUCACCUCCGUGGUACUUCGACGAACUUCGGAUACCUUCGGCAAUCUUCGAUAAUGUUCGUAAACCGUUGCUGACCUAUUGGUUAUUCGAAGUUUAUGUUGAUAAACGUUGUCCUUGGACAAAUAAACAUCCCAUACUGUGAUAAAGUAACUUGUUCGGCCAUGUUUGUUUUGUUCGUGACUGUCUGUGGAUAUAUAAAGGUUAAAAUGAUGUUUUUAAUGGUUGUCUGAUGGUUUGACAUGCAAGUAUAUUAUGAAACGGUUUCAAUUUUACUUGACGGUUAGACGACUCCUUUUAUGUUAAGUAUUGUUCGUGAUGACUGUUAAACGCCACAAUGAAACAUAUUGGACAGAUCUAAACGACUGGUAACUCGCACAACCAAUGUGAGAGGCCACAUGAACGUGUCAGCGUUACAACAAUGUAUUUCUGAACAGGUAUAGUCUAGCGUUGUUGUAGCGAGCACGACAUUACUAAAUACCUCGUUAUCUCGAAGCCUGUCUUUGGUUCCAUGGGAGGUUAUUGGUGUGUAUUUUCAUCUUAAUAUAUCGAAAACUUCGUGGGUAUCGAAGCAUUUCCAUGGUCCCUAGGACUUUAUCAUGACGACUAUUGACUGUAUAUGUACAUUGCUAUGGAAUCAGUUCCUAAACAGCGGGUUUACGGUAGUAGGCUUUGUUUUGGUAGGAGGGUAACUGAGUGCAACUGUGUCAGAAAUGAUUUACUCUGAUGUGAAACCAAUUCCGUCUUUGCGUAUUGCAGAGUUAUCUUCUCUUGAGAGCAGGUAUUGAUUGUUACGUCAUUU